CAGAACAGAUUUCACUCUCCUCUUAUUAGCGACUUUCCAGGAUUCCAUUCACUCUCCUCCCCUCCCCUCCCUUCCUUCUUUCUUGAGCAGAGCUAGUAAGAGAGAGAGAGAGAGACAGAGAAUAGAAAUACUAGUGUUAGACAGAGGACCCCUCUUUCUAUCUAUUUGUAAAUCUUCUCUGUUCUUCUUGGUUGCUUGUGUUUCUUUGGAAUCAUCGCCACCUUUUUUUGGCCAAAGUAGAUUGAAGCAGAAAACAAAGAAAUGGCUGCCCACAACAACAAAAAUGUUGGAAUUCUGGCUAUGGAAAUUUACUUCCCUCCCACUUGCAUCCAGCAGGAAAUUUUGGAGGCUCAUGAUGGAGCAAGCAAAGGGAAGUACACAAUCGGGCUUGGACAAGAUUGCAUGGGAUUUUGCACUGAGGUAGAAGAUGUUAUCUCCAUGAGUUUGACAGCCGUGACUUCUCUUCUUGAGAAGUACAAUGUUGAUCCAAAGCAAAUUGGUAGGCUAGAAGUUGGAAGCGAGACUGUUUUAGACAAGAGCAAAUCCAUCAAGACAUUCUUGAUGCAAAUCUUUGAGGGAUGUGGAAAUACUGAUAUUGAAGGCGUUGACUCGUCGAACGCAUGCUAUGGUGGAACUGCAGCUUUGUUCAACUGCGUCAACUGGGUUGAGAGUAGUUCAUGGGAUGGACGUUAUGGACUUGUUGUUUGCACAGAUAGUGCGGUCUACGCUGCAGGACCGGCCAGACCUACUGGAGGAGCUGCAGCCAUUGCAAUGCUAAUAGGACCUGAUGCUCCUAUUGCAUUUGAAAGCAAGCUCAGGGGUAGUCAUAUGGCUCAUGCCUAUGACUUUUACAAGCCUAACCUUGCCAGUGAAUACCCUGUUGUGGAUGGCAAGCUUUCACAAACUUGUUACCUCAUGGCUCUCGAUUCAUGCUACAAGACUUUCUGUCACAAAUAUGAGAAGUUGGAGGGUAAGAAGUUCUCGAUUCUUGAUGCUGAAUAUUUUGUGUUUCAUUCUCCAUAUAACAAGCUUGUACAGAAGAGCUUUGCUAGGUUGCUGUUCAAUGAUUCCUUGAGGAACGCAAGUUCCAUUGAUGAGGCUGCAAAAGAAAAGCUUGCACCUUUUUCAUCUUUAAAUGGAGAUGAAAGUUACCAAAGCCGUGACCUUGAGAAGGCAUCCCAGCAAGUUGCAAAGCCAUUCUAUGAUGCAAAGGUGCAACCAACAACUUUAAUUCCAAAGCAAGUCGGAAACAUGUACACGGCAUCGCUCUAUGCUGCAUUUGCAUCUCUGAUUCACAACAAGCAUAAGACCUUGGAUGGACAGCGGGUGAUAUUGUUCUCAUACGGAAGUGGCUUGACUUCUACCAUGUUUUCACUCCGUCUCCGUGAGGGUCAACACCCAUUUAGCUUGUCAAACAUUGCAAGUGUGAUGAAUGUGGCUGAGAAACUGAAGUCAAGACACGAGUUCUCUCCCGAAAAAUUUGUCGAAACCAUGCAUCUGAUGGAGCACAGGUAUGGGGCAAAGGACAUUGUGACUAGCAAGGACUGCAGCCUCCUAGCCCCAGGCACCUAUUAUCUCCUUGAAGUUGAUUCCAUGUAUCGUAGAUCCUAUGCCAAGAAGGCUUGUGAGAAUGGAUCACUGGCCAAUGGUCAUUGAGGAUGGUCUGAGCAGAGUGGAGAUGCCAUGAAGCUGCCUCCUGUUUCUGUGGUUGUUUGCACAUGGAAGAAUAACUAUUAUGUUUUCAGUUGUAGUAUAGUAUAAUAAUAAUAAUAAUAAUAAUAAUCUUAGGAGAUAUUUAUUUGUAAGUUAAUGCUGAUGGAAUUCCAGCUCCCCUUGUUUUCUCGCCUUAGCACAGUUCUUGAGCUGACGAUGAUCAAGAGAUCAUCAAUGUAUUAUUGAUUUUAGUGAAUUCGUUGAGCCAAUUUAAUGAGUCACAACGAGCAAAUAUUAUUGCCUUCUG